GCCUGAUUAUCCCCGCAGCGAGUCCUUUGCAUCGUAUAUGCUUUAGACACACCUCGAUUGAACUUCAGCCUCGUUAGAUAACAACGUUUCCAUCCUAUGGCCGAGACGAUACAAACUGAUCAUUUGUCAAGCACGGUUUAGACGACCAUCAGUCGUCCCCAGCAAUGUCAGGCACAUCUCCUUGUCCGGAUCAGCAGAAUUUCGUCAACUAUAAUGCAUUUUCCACUCUAUUUACCGACAAUUACUUCAUUGGACACCCAUCUCCUCCAACACCACCCGUUCAUGAGCCACAAUGCAAAAGACGCAAGUUGGACCUUGUGAAGUGUGACAGAUGUAGAGAGGACAAACAGAAGUGCAUGCCCGCGAACCGGGUAUACCCAACCAAGUGCAACCGCUGCUGUGCCAAAGACCUUCCAUGCUCAGAAGGCAAGAGAGCAAGCCGUAAGAGCAAGCCAGUACCAAAUACACAGCCACCGACAUCCUCCCCUGGUGCUGCUGAGGGCACAGAUUUGGAGGAUCUUGAAGUCCUAUUCAAUGACUGGAUUUUUCUCCUAGACUAUCACUCGAACUUAGCCAUGGCUAUGGAGCGACUGCGAGGUCUGCAAAGAGAGAUCUUUCAACCCUUCCUAAAUACUGCUCUCCAAAUCAUACCGGAAAGGAGAACAUCCGAAAGAAUGGAGAUACUCAGCGAUUUCAUGGAGACUUGCCUGACUCCAAUCUUUCUGGACGUUGCGAAUGAGUUGCGUGAGACAGGACUGCAUAUGAAGCACUUGCCAGCGUUCAUGUUCCCUUCCCUAAUCGGAUCAACUUUGUUGAACGCAUUACCAACCCUGAGCUGUCCGGUCUGCACUCUUCCCGUCCCAGAGUUCGCCCACUUAGUCCUUCAGCAGGGUUAUCCCGUCGGCCGAAACUUCCUGAUUUUCCAAAAUCAACUUCUCAAACACGCAGAGGUAGAUCACUCGACCCAAGCUCCAGUCGACGGAGUCCAAUUGAAGGAUACGGUAUUUCGGUACGUGCAAUUGAAUUAUGAGGUCCAAGAGAAAGCACACGAUUUCUUUUCAGGCCCUGAAUUCUCUUCUACUGCUCUACCCAGCGAGGGAAUUGGACUCUAUCAUCCCCAGGGCGUCGGGUACCAACUUUUCCUGCAAAGAGAAGAAGUCGUUGACUGUCUUGGGCGAAGUCCACUACACUUUUGGCUGGAUGGUAUAUCGUGCGACUGUGACGAUACUGAGCUGGAGAUCUUACAAGAACCUAUGAUUCUCCUUAAUAUCAACAAAUCAGACAUUCUCAGUCGAACGCCGCUACACAUCGCAUGUCAACAUGGCUGGGAAGCUACCACACACGCACUACUUGAUUUUGGAGCCGAUCCACAUAAGGCUACUAUCUACGGAAGCUUGCCUUUGCAUUAUGCUGCGGCGAAAGGGUUUGUGGUAAUUUGUAAAUUACUACUCGCUCAUAUGGACGUUGGCGUUGUUGACAGUAAAGAUUGCGAAGGGAACGACGCGGCGAGGUAUGCUUUGGACAAUAAUCAUGUGGAAGUUUACAAGUUGAUCGACAUUAUUGAACGGCUUGAGUUGUAG